GGCGGGCGCUGCGGCGGCCGCGCGGGGCCGAGCGCCGUUCCCCGCCCCGCCGGCAGGGGCGGGCGCGUCCUUCCUGCUUCCGCUGGUGCGGCCGGCGCCGCGCAGCGCUGCGGGGCUUCGGGAAGGUGCCGGGCAGGCCCGCGGGUGCCCGCGGCGGCGCUGGGCCGCCCCGCCGGAGGGUUUCCCCCUGUGAAAGGCAGAGAAAAUGCUCGAUAUUAAGGCCUGGGCGGAGUACAUCGUGGAGUGGGCUGCCAGGGACCCGUACGGCUUCCUGACUACCGUGAUCCUGGCCCUCACCCCGCUGUUCGUGAUCAGCGCGGCCCUCUCGUGGAAGCUGGCAAAAAUGAUCGAGGCCAGGGAGCGAGAGCAGAAGAAGAAGCAGAAGCGCCAGGAGAACAUUGCAAAAGCCAAACGAGCCAAGAAGGAUUAAAUGGGGGCAGGGGAGAAGGUCCUGCAUGUGCGAAGAACCCACUUCUUAAAUGAAACACUUGUACAUCUUGUGUUGCAACUGCCCUUUCAUACUUGAUCCUGUUAUUUCUUGAAGUAUGAAAUUUAAUCCCUUGAGUGUAUUUUUUUUUUUCUGCUGAGAUGAUUUCUGUUAGUUUGCCCAGGUGGCACUUCGUUACAGUCAUUUAAUCUUGUGUUCUAGUGCCAGUUGCUUUUCUAAAUUUGCAUGUUAAAUUAAAAAAAAAAAAGUUGGGUGUCUCUGGA